UGUGUGUGCACGCAUUUUAGGAGCAAACCAUUACCAAUACACACACUUACUCGCUCCGACCCAACUGAAAGUAGAUACCAUCCAUUGGCAAAGAGCGGAACACAAAAUAUUCUGUGGCAUUGUUGUGCAGCAGUAGUUUAUAGAUACACGAUUCGGAAUAUCCUUGCGCUUACUGUGGCAAAGGCACAAAGGAUAAUAAAAUUUUUGAUUUAACAAAAACCUGAAAAUUUUAAAAACAAUUUUAAACAGUGAAAUUUGAAAAAAUAUAAGUUUUAAAUAAAAACCUAAACACCAAAACCAUGCGAGCUCAUUUUGAUAUACCUGCCUCUCCCGACACCGAUGAUGGUGGUGUUUUGGAGUCGAAAGAUGGUGGCAAUGGCCAAAUUGCAGCACAUGCUGGCGGCGAUGAAUCGCACGAGCAAUUGCAAACGCGUAUUAUGGAAUUCAAAAGUGAUUCGAGUAAAAUGGCCGUGUUGGGCGAGUUCAUUGAUGAAGUUUUGGAAAAGGCCGAAGAGGAGGCCAACAAACAACAGGACAACGGUGACACCAGCAAUUCGCAACAGAACAAAAACAAAUCCCAAAAACAAACUUUCGCUAUACCAGAUUUCAAGAAUGGCAAAGUGGUCAACAAGGCACGAGGAUUUGUGGUGCGUCUCUUUGAGUCGAUAUGUAAUUGUGCCAAUAACGCCACCGCCGCACCGGUGGCCCGCUUCAAGUUCCGCAGUGGUAAAAGAGCUGCCUCCACCACCGAUGCUCCGGAGACAAAUGGCAAAAUGGAAGCCAAAAGAGAGGAAAAGGUUAAGAAGAGCGUAUCGGUGAAAGAGAAAAAGAACGAUAAAAUCAAAUUUGAGGAUGAAGCAAAUGAUGGUGAACCACAGGAGGCCAUUGAGUUGCAAUAAAUAAGCUGGAGAAAAGAAGAGAGGCGGUGCAAUGGCAACGCAAUGCAAAGAAAUUAAUACACCACAUUCAAAAUUUUUAGAAGACUUACAAGAAUAACAUACAACACUAAUUUAUAGCAAUACUAAAUAGCUUAGAACUGAAUAUCACCACAAUCGGAUGUAAGGACAAACACAAGAGAUCUUUUUUUUAGUUUUUGUUUUGGCAACACUGUGCUCAACAACACCAUCCAAUGGUUUCCUAGACUAGUUGUAAACAAAUUUUCAAAGAAAAAGAGAAAAAAGAAGCAGCAAUAACAAAUAACUGGAAAUCCUUUUAGUCUAGGGAGUAGCCGAUAGAUGGCGCAAGGCACCUAUGGGAGUAAAGUUUCGCCGUAGCUGAGCUGAACUCCUUCCUCUCGCCUCUCGCGCCCUAUAAUAAUAAUAAAAAUAGCACAAUAUUUUCUAUAGAUGUAAUUAUUAGAGUAAGUAAUACAAUAACAAUCACUUCUAAAUGUCAAUAUAAAUGGAUUUUUACAAAUCAUUCCGGUAGGAACGCAAUGGUCCACAAUCACUAUCUUUAAAUAGUAGUCAAUAGACUUGUAAUAUACCAAAAUAGAAUUCAGGAUGGGCGUAGAUUCAAGAAGAGACAAAACUAAAUAAGCGAUCGAAAAAGAGGCGGAUUUUUUCAGUCUUGAAACAAAUUCGAUUCGAAAAAAAUAUUUCGAGAAACACAGUUUUUACCUCAAGCGUUUAGAGCAUUAUUCGAAUCCUUGGAAGUCUUCUGAUAUUUGAGGAAAGCCCCUGAUAUCGAUUCAUAUCAAAGUGAAAGGAAGAAUCCAAAAAGAAGAAGUUGUACUAGAGCCAGAUACCCAAUUUCUCUGUUAUUUUCCCUUAAAGUCCAGCUGAUGUCUUAAGUCAGAAAAAAAUCAUCUUAUCCGAUUAUACCUUGGAGGUGGAAAUACAUAAAACACUAUUUUGACUGGCUUAUGUCAUCGGCUGGCUUCUUCGAAAAAGAAAAAGGUCAUACGCUCCAAAAUCGAACUAAGUCAACCUAAAACUCGUUUGUUCCUCUACGAAAAAUCCAGCCGAUGACUUAAGCAAGUCAAAAAAGCCUUUUAUGUACUUUCACUUUAAGGAUAAAACCCCGAAGCUGACAUGUCAAAUUUGUUGAUUUGUCCGAAACGAAUUAGUUCAUCAAAAAGGAACAAACUCUUUUCCAUUCAGUUUCAUUAGUUCACCUGGUUUCUUUGUCAAUCCUAUUGGUACUGUUAUGGUAAAACAAUUGUGGUAGUCUCAUUUGCUAAAUCGAAUAUGGCAACCCUCAAGAACUCAAUUUACUCACAUUUUGCAAAUAAAAAUUACUUUCAGAACCUAAAAUAUUUGCGUAUGACGAGUGUCUUACUUAACAAAAAUAAUAAAUGAUCUCAUAUUUUCUGGGUUAAUUGGAGCAGAAAAGACAGAUAUUUGCUCCAUACAUUGUAAAAUUUAGGAGGUAAAGUUAUUUCAAAAAAGCAUAUACAUAUCUGCAUUUUCUGCAAUUUACCUUGUCAAAUUUCACUGAAUAAAAAACAGGUUCCCAUCUCUGAUUUCUGUGUAUUCAAUGAAUUUACAAAUAUACAUUUUGACAAAGAGAUGUUGUCAAAUUUUUGAAAAAAUGUUAAACAUAUGACAGCUUGACUUUGUCUUCUUCUUAAUUCUACCAUGGCUAAUAUGUUAAGGUGAGAAUACAUAAAACGCUUUUCUGACUGGCUUAAAGGAGCGUAGGGUCAAAAUCGAAGUAAGUCAACCCCAAAAUACUUUGUUCUGCCAAAAAAUCUUUUAAUGUACUCUCACCUUUAGUUCUCUGGUUGAGAUCUUAUUCAUUCUUAAUAGAAAGUAUAAAUUGAGUGAUAAUGAUAAAAUAUUUAGUGGGAAAUAAAUGUAAAUCUCUUUGCCAGUUGUACGUCCAUAUCUAAGGAGGAACAACAAAAUAUAAAUUUGACAAUGAAGGGACAACAAAUAAAAAAUGUUGUAAUCGUAUGACUUAUGAGAUUACCUCUGUAAUUGUACCCUGGGCUCGGCGCUUUUUGAUGAAGGAACUAUCGACAAAAAAGGGUUCAAGGAACUAAUAACAGCUACAUCUAUGCAGGCAUAUGAAGAAGAUUAAAGGUGAGAAUACAUAAAACGCUUUUCUGACUUGCUUAAUUCAUCGGCUGGCUUCUUCGGAAAAGAAAAAAGGAGCAUAGGGUAAAAAUCGAAAAAAGUCAACCUAAACCUCAUUUGUUCCUAUACGGAGAAACCAUCCGAUGACGGUAAAAAAACGUUUUAUGUAUUCUCACCUUAAGUCUACUCAUAGACAUUCAAUGAAAAAACCGAUUCUAGGAUAGGAUAUUCAAUCAUCCUAAUACCCAUUUUGCUCACUUUUCCUUAUCCAAUUCUAUUUUGGUAUAUAUUUUGAAAAAAAAAACCAAAUCACAAAUGCUCUGCAAUGCAAUCAUUAAAUAAAGAAUAUUCAAAAUACACUUGUUUUACAACACCUAACCUACAAUAACAAAAAUUGUAACUUACAAUAUUAAUAUAGAUAACUUAUAUGAAAAAUAAUUUAAAUACAUAUAAAUGUAUUAUAAAUUAGAACAAAAAAAAUGGGAAAAUUAUAUUGAAUUUACGCACACAUACACGCAAAAUACAUAAUAAAUAUUUGCAAAUCAUAGAUAUAUUCUUAGAGAAAUCGUGUGAAAUAAGAAUCAAUCAAAAUUAUUCAGGACACAUUCAAACUACACGUUCUCUAUGCUUGCACAUGGGAAAUUUUGCGUUAUCCUACUCACAAAGUUCAUUAAAUUAAUAUGUUAAGAGGAUUUUUGCAUGCAAGUUUGAUGUGUGGCCUGACAACUUAACAAAAACGUAAUGCGCGCGUCAUGGUAAAAGAAUUCACGUAGUCGCAUCGACAGCUGAUGACACAUAGAACUGUCAAACCAAUUUUGGAAUUAAAAAUUUUGAAUGAAAAAUUAUCAAAUUUUGUGAAAAUUGUUGAAAAAUGUAUAUCAUAACAACCUCCGAUUGGCAACGUAUAAGAAAACUUAUAUAAAUCGACUUAUUUGAUUUGAUUUUUUUCUCAUUUUUUUAAAGAGCUAAAGCGGCGAAAGUAUAAAUAUAUUUGUAUAAAAUACAAUAUAAUCAGAAGUAAUCAAAGGAAAUUUAAAAAAAAAAAACAUAUGCAGAUGUGUGAUAGCAAAAAUUAUGAGUCGUAUGUAAAAUGAUAAUUUUGAUAUACGUGGAUAAUAAAAGUGACAGAACAUAUGUAAAACCUCUUCCAUCUGAUGAUGGAUCUAUAAUGAGUAAGAAAUCACCGAACUUUGUGAGUGGGAAUACAAAUGCCAUGUGUGCAUAGAAUAGAGAUCAAUUUUUGACAUAUAUUACACCAUAACCUAACUUUUGUUCAUCAAAAAAUUAAGGAAACCCCGCAAAAAGAAAUUUCAACAAAAAUAAAGAUAUUUUCUAAUCAAUCUAUCAAAAUUUUACUAUCCUCUCUACAAGAAGUAAUAUUUAUACACUGUGUAUUUACAUAUACUAUAAAGCAAAUUAUAGAACAUUUACUAAUAUGUAUGUAUUUAUAUAACCUAUAUUUUUGUGUAUGUAUUGUAUAUUUUUAUAUGCCUAUAAUGUAUUGUAUUUUAUAUUGAAAUCAAAAAUUUUGUACCUUUUAUUUGAAACUACCAUGGCCUAGAAUAUAAUAAAAAAAAAGAAAUGAUAACAAAUAACCCCAUCCCAGAUCCUGAAUUCCCCCCAUUAUUUUGUAAAACAACCUUCCCAUGUUAUUCUUUAAAAAAAAGAUUGCAAAUAUUAAAUUAUACUAAACUGUGCAACACUAAUGCCCACCGGUCGAUCGGUCAGUUCCGGAUGAUACAUCCCUCUGUUGUUUAACAGAAAAUUUGCUCAAUCCAAAGCAGUAUUGUCCUAUAAAUGUUAGAAAUUUUCUAGGUUAGGAUAUUAACUAACCUAGAAAUUUUAGUUAUGUGUGAAAUAAAAAUUGAUAAAUGAUGACA